AUGUCUCUCCUGAUUGAAACAUCCGAGGGAAUAUUCCGGGCCGCCGUGCCCAGGGGCUUUAUGUUGUUGUCUGAUGGGCUCUUUUUAAAAGGUCUAGAUGCUGGAGGGACUCGGCUCCAGCUGAAGGGUUCCCCGGGUAUCCAGACAGCAGUGCCGCUGCGACGCCACAUCCUCCACCUCUCUACUGCCCCGGGAAGGGGCGGGAACGCAACCAUGCUGCCUUCAGGCAACAGGCUGCGUCCUCUGCUGGGGGCGUCACAUGGACGUGGCAGCCAUCAAUGCUGCCCACAACUCUGCAGAAGGCUGCUGACAUGGCCAACCAGGCAAAGCCUGCUCCAAUAUGAGGCAAGUCCUCUUCUGUUGGAAGACGGACGACCUGGGGGAGAAGAGAAAGGACCUUCCUGCUGGUUUUGUGGCCCGGGGUGUGGAAAAGGCCCUCGCUACAACGCGGUCGGAGGUACCACUGGCGAGCCUAAAGAAGAAGAUGAGGGCCUCAAUGACGGGUCCCCAGCCAUGGUCACACGCCGUGCCGAGGAUGGCCAUCAGACCGUGGAAGGAUCCUCUAGAGAGUCUGAAGUCCACCCUCAUGUCACUUUCCCCGUCAAAAUACAGUGCCAGUAAUGG